AUGAACACAGAGAGCCAAGCAAUUGAUUUAAACAGCAAAAUAUUAAAAUCCAGUUUAACAAGAUAAUUCACAAGAUCUCCAACGAGAUCAAGAAAAAGAAUCAUUUCAUUACCCCCAUUAGAGGCAGCAUAAAAUUAAUACUAGAAAUUAAAGCAACGAAAUAUUAGCUACCACAAAGAAAGUCCAAGAGAAGUAUUUAUUUUAUUUAUCAGUGUUGUAAGGUUUGAUCUGUUUGACCAUCAGAGAAUUGAAUGGACUCUGUUUGAACACCUGUCGAUACACCAAAGCCAAAGAAGAGAAAAAAUAUUUUCUUAAUAACAAAUAUUUUGAUUCUUGUUUUAAUGCAAUGAAUAAAAGGAAAUUCCAAUUAUUUAAUAAAUGAUUUUAGAAAUAUCUCAUAUUCAUAUUAUUUUAUUUCAG